AGUUAAUUACGCGUUAAUUAGUUAAUAAACGAGGCUUAAUAAUAACACCGUCCAGCUUAGUUAAACUUGUUGGGCUUCUGUUGUCUUUGGGCUUUUUUGUGUGUGUGUGUUGGGGGGCUUGUUAGCGAAGAACAGGGUCAUAGGAAGUGUCAGCUCAGGUUGUGCAGCCUACAUUGUCUUCCCCUCGUUCAUUAUAUCUCGUAUAAGCACAGUUGGUGCCUUUGUUUCUCUGCUCUUACGCACAGCCUCACUAGUACAGAUCAGGGCCCUUUUGAUGACCAGGGCUGAUAAAUCGAAGGCACUGUCAGGCUACUUUGCAGUCUAUUACAAUUCCAGGGCGGGGCUUGGCUCCUUACUUUUUUUGUUUUGUUCAGUUCUUUUUUUUUUCCACCCUCUCCUAAAGCCCCCCAAUGCCUGUCAGCUCGCAUUUACGCUCACCAAAGCACUGAAAGCCCUCCACAGAUACGACAACGAGCCAAAGAAGCUGCGAGCGGCUGGAGUUAGGAAGGAAACUCAAGGAAUAUCUCGCGGAUAGCAGGAAAUGAGAGAAAGGAGCUUCUUAAAGACUGUAGAACUCUUUAUCUGUGGAUAGGCUAGGCCACUUAUACACCCACGGUCACAGGAUGAGGCAGGUCUCCCGUAGGUAAAAUGAUUCAUAGCGGAAACCAUAAUCAAGUGAAAAACAGCACAACUACCCGGCAUCAAUCAUCAGUGAGACUUACGGUAAAGAGAACUUUCAUUCAGGACAUAUGACUAAAGCUGACCCAUAUUUACUAGGAUAUAACAAACUGGACGACAGAUAGCCACAUAGCAGAUCAUUCGAGCCUUAACAUGGAGGUUGAACGGCAAGAAAUCGCAGUGGAUGACCCCAUCUCCAAGGCCACCCAUAAUAAGGCAGAUGAAGAGAAGAAUCAGGGCCAUAACUGUGAGCUCUGUGGCAGAACUUUUCCCUUCCUAAGCUCUCUGUCCCAGCACAUGAGGAAGCACACUGGGGAGAAGCCGUACAAGUGCCCCCAUUGCCAGCACCGCUCAGCGCAGAAAGGCAGUCUGAAGGCCCACAUUCGCAGCCACAAGCUGGACAGUAUGAAUCAGAGCCCAGGAGUUGGUGACGAGGAGGCAGAAGAUGAGGGAGAGAAGGAAGGAGGGGUACCUGAGGAGCAGGGUGGUUGUUCCAGCCCAACAGAAAGCACCUCUGCCUGCAAUAAGGUGGUCAAUGGCGAGGAGGCCACUAAAGCCAGAAAGAAAGGGGCUAAAAAGGAGAGGACAUCCAAUGAGGGAGGCAAGCAGUGUUCACUUUGUAGGAAGAGGCUCCGGAGUCAGGCCGAGCUGGAGCAGCAUAUGCAAGACCUCCAUGAUGCCUCCCAGGAGGAGCUCCCGCAAGCCCGAAUGGAGAAGACCCCUCCAGUGGAAGAAGAAUCCAUGAUUGAGGAAGGCCCUUGCAUGGAAGAAGCAGAGAAAGAGAAUGAGCUUGGCAAAGGGGACUUUCCUUGUGAUCAGUGUGACCAGGUGUUUACUCAAGCCUGGUUCCUCAAAGCCCACAUGAAGAAGCAUCAGAGUGCCCUUGAUCACGGUUGCCGCAUCUGUGGCCGGCGCUUCCGCGAGCCCUGGUUCCUGCGCAGCCAUAUGAAGACCCAUGGCACGAAGGCCAAGCCCAAGAGUGACUCUGAACCUCCCGCUACCGUCAACAACGUGUCACAGGAUGAAGCUUCCCUGGUAAAUGAGGUAUGCCUGUACGAACUGUGCGCCAAGUGUGGGAACUUCUUCCAUGACCGCAAGAGUCUGCGGCUGCACGAGCGAGUCCACAAUGCAGAGCAACCUUCAAACAAGAGCGAUGAUCAUUUAUCUCCUGCCACCAAGAGACGCUUCAUGGAGUGCCUGAACCUGCAAGCGGCGGGUGAGACGGAGAAGCUAUCUGAGGGGAGUCUUGGCAAGAGAAUCCCAGAGUUGGACCCUGUGAGCAGCUACCAGGCAUGGCAGCUGGCCACCAGGGGCAGGGUGGUGGAAGUUUCUGAGAAGGGCUUGGGCUGGGAGGAGAGGCUAGCAGAUGCAGAUGUGGCCUACGAUCGGGAAAAGGGCGAGUAUGUGUUACUGAGACAAGAAAAGAGGAAAAAACAGCUGGAUGCCUCCCUGACCAUCCCGAAUAAGAAGAAGCGGGGGACAGUGACCCACAGUUCAAGCAACUCCAGCAGCAAUGCCGAUCAGCAGAGAAGCAGUGGGCAGGCAUCUACGGGAGAUGGUAGCGCUGAGAGUUUGAGUGACUCUGAGUACCGUCCCUCUCCCCGCCAUAGCCGGAAGAAUUCCCAAAACAAGACCUCGGAGUGCUUGGAGUGUGGAAAAGGCUUCCGAACUCAGCAACAGAUGGUGAUACACAUGCUCAUAAGACAUGGCGGCAUGAGCGACGGCAUGAAUGGGGUUUCACUGCAAGAGAGUCUGUUUGCUAAAAGGCAGCCCAGUCUUUCUAAACCCGGGGACUCUGCUACAGACGUCAAGGACCAAAGUCAGAGGAUACAACCUGAAGGUACAGAGAAAAAGCCAUACACCUGCGACCACUGUGACUUCAUCACCUCCGACCCAUCUGCCAUGGCGGCCCACAUGCACGUUCAGCACACAGCUAUCAGGGACCGGGUUCAGAAGCGUGAGGCCUUAACCAGCACAUUUAGCCAAAGCCACAGUCCUUCCACCAGCCACGGAGGCUUCCCCAGGCUGAGGAAAGCCCUGCUGCAGCAGCCAUACUGGCCCUACACCUCCUCCAACCACCUGGAGAGGGCGGCGAUGAGCAGCACAACUCCUCCCUCCAGGAACAGUGAUGGGAGAGGGGGCGGGAAAAGCAAAGGGCAGGGAGAGGUCAGUACCGAGAAAGUGGAUGCCAGUCUGCUGAAUCUUUCGGUGGAGGCGGAUAACCCGAAAGAAGGAGAAGUGCAGAAAAGUCUGGUGAGGCACCAGUGCCCGUACUGUUCCCAUGCUACGUUGUACCCUGAAGUUCUCUGGAUCCACCAGAGGAUUGCACAUAAAGUUGACAGUGCUACACUGGCCCCCAAGUGGGCUCCCAAAAAUGGCCUCAAGGGGCCUAAAUCAAUCCUUGAUUUCAAGAGACGCACUGGACCACCUCCGUUUCUGGAGGGCAAGGAUUGUCCAUCACUGCCCCAGACACGCACCUUCCGCACGACCCCUCCUGAAUCUGGGCCCACAGGAACAAAGAAGCCUAAGCCUCAAAACAGCAGUUGCGAAUCCACCUCCUCACAAAGCAAGGGUGGGCACACCGGAGGAUCGGCGCACGCCUCCAAACACAAGGCCAGCAACUCCCAGACAGAUGAGAUCGGGACCACCAAAAGCAGAAUGGAGGCCCACCAACAAAUUGCCACCUCUACUAGCACAGCAAGACCAACAGCAACUCCUCAGAAGACCGGAAGCCCAAAGACAGGAAGCAGAGUCAUGGAAACUAGCUUGUUACCCCAGGAGGGACUUCGCUUCAUGCUCUCCAGCAAGCACAAUGUCUCAGAGCAGAGGAGUCCCAAAGCCCAAGCCCCGCAGACGCCCAGCCGGUCUGAACCUCAAGUCCAGGACACUCAGACCUCUGCAGGAUAUGACCCCUGGAGUAGGCUAGGCCUGCCCGGAUCAUCGUCUCACUCCCAACCCAAGAGGCAGCAAACAGCAGAAAGUCCAGAAGCUUUUACAGACAUCUUCAGUUUCUUGAAAAACUGCAGCCCUCAUGACCUGGCAGCGCUGUACCAUCACUGGGGCUUCAGUAACAUCAUGAUGGAGCAAGCAGGGAUGGUGAGGUCAGGGCAACAACAGGGGGAGUACGUCUGUCCAGUGUGCGGGAAGAGCUUUACCCAACACAGCCAUUACCGCACACAUAUGAGGUCCCAUACAGGUGAGAGACCGUUCCGGUGUCAGUACUGUCCCUACAGCGCCUCCCAGAAAGGCAACCUGAAGACCCAUGUCCAGACCGUGCACCGCCUCACCUUUGACAACACGCAGUACCCUGACAGGAGGCUCCGCCACGGCCCAUCCGAUGACCCCGAGCACCCAUCUAGUCCUGGAACGUCCCAUGGACCAGCAACUUCCUGAGGAAACUUCUACUACUUUCAUUUUUUUUUAUUAGGAGAAGAAUGUGUGCACCCAAAGCUCUGUUAGAUAGCUCUUCAAGUAUAACCAAGCAGACAUGAUCUCCCUAAGAACGUACAACACUGUGUAAAUAGCAUUGAGUUGUUUUUAGCUUCAUUUUCUCUGAAAGUCUGUUUGGCAGUUUUUUUUCUUUGAAGGUUACACAAACAAAGCCACUUUGCAGACAAAACAGCAAACCAAGCCACUCUGCAGACAAAACAGCACUGAUGUGUUUACAACACUCUCCCUACCCCUGAACUCACGUCGUACUUGAGAGUAAAAGACUUUGAAACGUGUGUAAAAGGAAAUACUGUAUGUCGCGAAGCUGUGUCCGAAAACCAGGGGCGGUCAGUGGAUCCCCUACACUUGAAAUGCUGCUGCCGAAUGCCCGACGACGAAAUUUAAACUGUUAUGAAAACUGCUAGCCUUAGUUUGUGCGUAUGUGUACGUAUGUGUUCCAUGUUCUACUCCUCAGGACUUCAGUUAGAUUCCAAAGUCUGCGUUCUCUUUUUUCUUUUUCUGUUUUUUUUUUUUCCAGCAGCCUCAUUUCGGCGCUGGUUGGGAAUAUGCAGGGAAUUUGUUUGGGCAGACGCUUGGCAUUAUCAGCAUAAUAUGUCAUAACAUUCUGUAUUAUGAGUUCAGGGACUACGGUAUGUGUACAAUCUUCAGUACGAUUUGUAAAAACAGCAGGAAUUUUAUGUGAAGGUUUUUCAGUCCAGCGUCCUCUAAAAGAAUUUAAGGGCCAGAUUUGCAAACUAAUCCUAGUCUUAAACGUCGUGUGGCCCAAUUUAGCUUUGUUUCUGAAGUGAAAGCUAAAGGAACACGCAGAUAUGUCAUGUUUUGUGGUGAACAAAGUCAGGAAAAGUUUUCAGUUUUGAUUUUGAUGUAGCAUAGCUGAAGUUUUUACGUUUUGUUUUGUUUUGUUUUGUUUUUUUUUCUCUUGAGAUAUGUUAUUUCUGAGUAUUGUAUCCCAAAAAAUCUCAAAAAGAACAAAAAAAAAGAAGAAUAAGAAUCUCAUUUAAGUUGAUGGCACAUUAGGACUUAAAGCCAUGGUGGAGUUUCUUUUCAAUAUUGAAGUUAUUGCUGGAGGAUGUACAGAACUGCAAUUUCUCAGUCAAUAAUCACCUUUAAAUUAUUGCAUUAUAGAAACUAGCUUGACUCACAUCAGAUCUAUAGAUUGAGAGGUAGUGUGUUUUAUAACAACUCUUAAAAAGCUUUAGAAUGCCAUAUUUUUAGAGGUUGAAUACUUAAAGCAAAGAAACUCAUGGCCAUAUAUUUCUAUGAAUGUUGAAUAAUAUAAUUAGGUAUUUACUUAUUUAGUUAUACAUGGUUGUGUUUGAAUACAUUGGUAUAUUUGCGAACAUUUAUCUUAAUAUUAAAAUCUCCUGAUUUCAGUGAAUUUGUUGAAUACUAGAAUAAGAACUAGUGUCCCCACAUUAUUUAAGUGGUCUUUAAAGGUGACUACACCUGAUCCUGGUUGCACUGCCGCACCGUAGGUUAACCUGAUAUUCCUCUAAACGUAGGUGGACAAUGACAGUGUGCAAAGUUAUGGGACUGUAGGCAUUGUCUGUCGUAGAGUGGGACACAGUAAAUUAAAGAAACAUCCCAAAAUGAUCUCAAAACUUGAGCAACAAAAAAGACCAUUGGUUCUUUGCUGAACUAAAACGUAGAAGUACUAAAACUCAUGAAUUUAAGGAGUGAAAUAGCAUCAGCUAAAAAAAAUACAAUAGGAUAUUUUUUCUCUCUUUUAUGUAACAUUAAUUUUGUGCUUUUGAGUAGUAGUAGUUGAAUGUAUGGAAUUUUUUGUGGUAUGAGUUUUUAUUUGGUUUCGUUUCCCAGGUUUAUUUUCAGAACUCACAGAACUGUCAGUUAUCACCCUUGGAUCGAUUUCAUCUCAUAAACACUGUCCACUGUUCAAGUUUUAAGCCUCCCAAAAUAAAGUUUACCUCUGAUA